GCAGGCAACUGUACCUCGGUUGACACAUACACAACACACACACAUACGCAGAUGCACAGAUCCAGAUCACCCGGAGCGCAGGAGCGAGACAUGCCAUAAAAACACAGACACGACGGGGACAAGCCGCCGCCCUGCGACGCGGAGGAGCUGGGUCGCAGCUGCUCAGGAAUGUCCACCGUGCAGCCCUAGACAGAAAAUGAAGCGCAAGAGCGAGAAGGGACGAGUCGAGUCGAGGAAAAAGCGCUGUGCAGCUCGCAGCAGCUCAGAGGCGGAGCCAAGCUGUGAUAUUUACAUUGAGAUAACAGAUCAACUAUAUUUCGCCGUACUCAAGCAAAAGAUCAAGAGCACAGCUGAGCGACACUGUUUCUGCAUCGACGAAGAGCUGGCGUAUGAGAACUUCUAUGCGGACUUUGGUCCCCUGAACCUGGCCAUGUUUUAUCGCUUCUGUUGCAAGCUGACAAAGAAGCUCAAGUCAAUUACAAUCUCAAGAAAGAAGAUUAUAUUUUAUACAUGUGGUGACCAGAAGAAACAAGCCAAUGCCGCUUACCUAAUAGGCUCAUAUGCUGUAAUGCAUCUAAACAUGAUGCCAGAGGACGCUUACAGUCUGCUUGUGUCACGGAAUUCAUAUAUUCCUUUCAGAGACGCUUCAUUUGGAACCUGCACAUACAAUCUGAACCUCCUAGAUUGCCUCAGUGCAGUGCAGAAGGCACUGCGUUUCGGCUGGUUAGACUUCUCUAACUUUGAUGUAGAGGAGUAUGAGCACUAUGAAAGGGCAGAAAACGGAGACCUAAACUGGAUCAUUCCGGGGAAGUUCCUUGCAUUUAGCGGGCCUCAUCCCAAAAGCAAAAUUGAAAAUGGCUAUCCUCUGCAUGCUCCGGAGGCCUACAUUCCCUACUUCAGGAAACACAACAUCACUGCCGUCAUCCGCCUCAACAAGAAGAUGUACGAUGCCAGGAGAUUUACAGAGUCUGGCUUCGAACAUCAUGACCUGUUCUUUGUGGACGGAAGCACACCGAAUGACUCCAUCGUCAGAAAAUUCCUCAACAUCUGUGAGAACGCGGAAGGAGCCAUUGCUGUUCAUUGCAAAGCUGGGCUUGGAAGGACUGGAACCCUGAUUGGCUGUUACAUGAUGAAACAUUUCCACCUGACUGCUGCAGAAGCCAUAGCCUGGAUCCGGAUCUGCCGGCCAGGGUCUAUUAUUGGGCCACAGCAGAACUUCGUUGAAGAGAAGCAGAAUGGCCUAUGGGCAGAGGGAGACGUUUUCCGGGAGAAGAUGAUGAACGAUCGAGAGAAUGGCAAGAUGGCUGUGACCAGGAUCCUGUCCGGAGUGGAUGACAUAACCAUCAACGGGAGCAACAAGAACAGACCAUCUAAAAAAGAGGACAUGGACCUGUAUAAUGAUGAAGAGGAGAGGAACGGUCUUACACAGGGUGAUAAACUGCGAGCUCUGAAAAGCAAGAGGCAGUCGAGGUCAUCCUCAGGCUCACUAUCGCAGGUGGUAGUGUUCUGCUGCAGCCUCAUGGGCACGGUGUGGCCGAUGUGUUGCCUGCCGUUCAAAAGAUAGCAGAGAGAGGGAGAGAGAGUGGGGGAGAUGGCAGAACAGAGAGGAUGUGAGGUUUUGUAUGCUGGAGGUAAGUGCAUGUCACUUCCUUUUGCACUGACUUCCUCUUCCUGCAGAAGCGGUUGCUUUGCCACUGAACGGUACGGCGAAUGUAAUGGCUGGUUUUCCUUUUCUGCCUUUGGGUGGUGUGAAGUCGACACGCUCUCAGCGGAUGCAUCACAUCUACAUUCCACUGUCUGCUUCAUGGACCCAGAGCUGCUAUGCUUUGAUACUGAGGCUUAUUCGAGACAUCCUGAGUUACAGAAGCUCUCGAGCCGAGCCUGCUGUGCUUGUUAACGGCUCCCAUUAUUCAACUAAUCACAGCUUUUACAAAAGAUCUGGAUUAGUUGAAUGAAGUGUUUUACACUAUUGUUAGUAAGGGAACAUUGGUCCUUGUUAGCGCCGUAUUAAUCUACAGUAUAUAUCCUGAUCAAGCACUUAUGCUUUUGGAAAUUGCCAAUAUCACUUUUAAAUGUCUGGCCGAGGUGUUUGAGUCCAUUAGACGCUGGAGAUGCUAUAUUUGGGACGGUGAAUGCCUCCUGAUCAUUCUAACAGAUCUAAUACAAACAAUGCUUCUGGAAAAGUGCAACGUGAAAACAAGGUCCUCAGUAGUUUCCAGAGGCACAAGGCCGGUUUGCUUGCAGGUCACACACCCUGUAAGUUUUAGCGCUUGCUGCUCAUACGUCUAACUUCCAGCAGAGCGUCACCGUAUGGCUCCACUCUUCUUCUAUGUAACACCAAAGCGCUCAUUGAACUGCAGGGACGAUUAGAAGGAUGGAGGGAAAUCUUUGCUCCUCUGCUUCCUCAUGCAUGGCACCGGGCAUGCAGCCCUUGGACGUGCACGCAUGGACAUGCCUCUGUGUGCAACCUGUCUGUGUCUAACAUGUGAUUAAUGUUGGGCUGGGUUCAUUGUCGAUGGCCUGUUGUUCUUCCAUUGCUUCUGUGACUGGAUCAGUGCUCAGGUCCUUCAGGAUUCAUGAAUAAAGCAAAUUGUAGAGGAAAGAGCAUUUUUGCAGCCUGCUAUCUAGUCUCAUGCUAGUUAUGUCACAAAGGCUGUAACUGUCAAAGUAUCUAAUCAUAGAAACAUGUAUCUACAGGCUGCAGUAACUGAUUUCUUAAUUUUCAUUUUUCAAUAUUGUUUUGUUCCUAAUUCUAAUUUGGUAUAAUUGUUCUAGAAUGGUUUUACAAAGCACCAAUUAGUAUUUUACAAAAUUCAAACACUUCUCAUUUAUCUCUGGCUUAAAUAGAAGCUUGUCAUUACGGGUUGAGUGUAGAACAAACUGCCGACUGGCACUGUUGGAUGCAAGGCUCUGUGGAAGGUAUUUCAUCUGAUCCAGUCCCAGUGGAAAAGCACAACAUCAGAGGCUUUGUGUCCUGCCCGGACGUCUCCUGUCUCUCCUGCAUUUUUCCUUUCCAUUUGCUCUUGUUGUUGGAUUUGUCCUCCUUUCAGAUGGCUGGUAGCCAUGCUCCUCCCCUCCCUGUGUAGCCUUGCCCUGUGGUGGAUUGUGUAUGGCUUCCCUUCUUCCAUCCUGCAUUUGUGUAUAGACGGGUUAGGAUUUCAAUGAGUUCUACGGCCCGUCAGCCCCCUCAAAA